GAUGAAUUCCCUUAUUUCCGGGAGGGUGGACUCAUUGAAUUUAAUCCCUCAUACAAGAAGUGAAAGCACUUCUCCGUGUUUUCCUUUGGUUUCGUUUUGCGUGUGCCCCGUUGCUUCUUGCUGCUGGCUCAUAAGCGGGGAUUGUAUGCUUCUUGAUGCUCGCGCUUUCUACUUCUCAGGUAAGGCUUUUCCCAGUGGUGUUUUUUUUGGCUUCGGUCGCCCGUUUGAGAAAGCUGCAAAGGUCUUGCGAGGCUGGAGCGAAAUCGAGUUCCUCUUGCAACGACAGCGCUUAGAAACCGGAGUGGGAGAAUCCGAUCCAGGCUGCGUGGCGUCAAGAAUCGGGUCAUAGCUGUCAACGUUUCCCUUUUUUUAAGGGAAAUUCCCUUAUUCCGAAUAGGAUUCCUCGCAAGAAAAGGGAAAAAUUGACAGCUAUGCUGAGGGUGCCUACUAGAGGGUGUGCUUCGGGAUGAACGCUGUCCGCUUUCCUUUAAAUCCAAAACAGAUUCUGGAUUGGGAGCCGGGGAGCUGCGGGGGACAGCAGAGUCGCUUUCCCUUGCCAGCCAUUUCCCUACUCAAAAUCGCCUCCAGGUGCAGUUUAAGAAUGCCUGGAGUGUACUCGCUGUAUGCCAGUAUAGAUUUCGGCUCAGUUGCUGUUGUUGUUUCGUCGUUUAGUCAUGUCCGACUCUUCGUGACCCCAUGGACCAGAGCACACCAGGCACUCCUGUCUUCCACGGCCUCCCGCAGUUUGGUCAAACUCAUGCUGGCUCAGUUGCAUCUUGUGGCAAAUCCGUUCGGCUCUGCUGUACACAACGGAGUUCCCCUUUCCCAAGAACUAAUGCACAGCUUAGCUAUUGAUUGAGUUUCUUCUAGAGAAACAUAGUUGGCAGGGAAUGGGGGGUGGGGUUCAGGAAGAAAGUGAUUGGACGCCUUAACAACUCUCUCCCCCACCCCCGUUCCCAAAGUAAUGCAAAACAGUUUAUCCGGAAGGGAUGCUUCUUGUUUUUUUGUUUUUGUAACGUGACAGUUUUGCCCCUUAGGGUGCAAAUACUGACCAUGGAGUGGUUGGUAUUCACAUCAGCUUGACUUAGAGUUGACCCAUUGAAAUGAACGUGUCUGACUUAAUUAUGCUCAUUAAUGUUAAUAGCUGUACCCUGAGUUUGAAGACAACAUCCUUUGAUGGAUGGAUGGGAGUGCCCAUCUCCUAAAUGAAAGGGUUUCUUUUCCUGAAGCCUUUUAUUUGCCCUGUAGGGCAAAGCCUAGCCAGUUAUUAUAAGGAGGCUGCUGAAGAGCAUACUCUCCAUUACAUAAGGAGUUUUGUUUACGUGGGAAUGACUUAUCUGACUUUGUACCUGGAUCAAACUGGACUUGAUGGUAAUGAUACAAAGGUUGUGAGCCAUCCGCAAUCUCUGCCCAAGAUCCCAUGUGGUUCCAGGAGCUCACCCAGGGUCGUGUUUCCAUUGAGAACGAAACGCAGUGGAGGCUGCAGUGUCUUUAAGAAAUAUGACUUAAUUACACAUUUUUAUACCUGAGUUUUUAGGGACGCGGGUGGCCCUAGGACUUGCCGAUCAGAAGGUCCGCAGUUUGAAUCCCUGCGACAGGGUGAUCUCUCGUUGCUCAGUUCCUGCUCCUGCCAACCUAGCAGUUUGAAAGCACAUCAAAGUGCAAGUAGAUAUAUAGGUACCUCCCCGGCAGAAAGGUAAAUGGCGUUUCCGUGUGCUGCUCUGGUUUACCAGAAGCGUCUUAGUCAUACUGGCCACAUGACCCAGAAGCUGUAUGCCGGCUCCCUCAGCCAAUAAAGCGAGAUGAGCGCCGCAACCCCAGAGUCGUCCGCGACUGGACUUCAUGGUCAGGGGUCCCUUUACCUCUGCACCUGAGUUUAGAUGAAGAUGGUGCAGAUCUUACAGCACUGUCAUCUCAAGAGCCCUUUUCUUUAUCUAAUUGUUGUUGCUGGGUUGGGAGAGUCUGGUUGUUUGUGUGCUUAUUGCUGUUCAGCACUCAACAGAAGAUCUCUCUCUCUUCAUCACGGUAAAAAUCAGAUUGGCCUUGGAUGGCCAACAGAUCCAUAUGCUGAUCUUGCAGACAAGGCGGCACUGUCCAGAAGAGCUAAAACUGAGGGACUGUAAUGGAGGGAGGAUGGACUUGUUACAUGUAGUUAGCAAAUGUUUGCUUUAACUGAUUAACAUUUAAAUUAAUUCCCCCAGAUUACAGCUCUGCAUUUUCCUUGUACAUAUCCCCGUUUCCUUUUAAAAAAUAAAUCAGCUCAAGUUGUUCAGCUUUUAAAAAAUAAUGGAGAGGAGGAGUAAGACAACUUCCCUCUAAUGUUCUACCAUAAAAAAUAAGGCUUCUGCCUCUCUCAAUAUUCCCAUGCAAUCUUACAGAGUUGCCUCACUCCAUUAGACUGCAUAGGAGGUAUAGAUACAGAUGGAAUCCCCCAAACCCAAUGGAGACAAAAGUGCUCACCUCUUGCAGACAAGCCAUGGGACACCCCCAUACCUCAUGCAGAGUUUCAGGGGUGCAUCCUCUUUACUACCAUGGGCCUGGACUUUUUCGAAGCUUGUGAAUGGGGCUGCAAACCUAGAGGGUGGAAUUUGGGGCCAGCAUCAGUUUUCACUAUAUUUCAUGCACUUUGUGGAAUUUGUCUUUCAGUUUUAUGUUCCCAGAAACAGCAUUUUUUUUUUUUAACAUCUUUGAUUUUUCAAGUGGCUUUGUUUCUUAACUUCCUUCCUUAACAAGUAACAUGCCUCUCUCCUGAGGUUUGACUUGUGGUUAACUGAACAGCAUUAAUCCUUCGUGUCCAUGCCUGCCAAAAUUAAUUCCUGUUUUGAUUCGGUUUCAUUUUCUUCAUCUCCUAAGGCUUGGCUAAGGACCCGACCUGAAAGCAAGGGCCGUAGGUAAAUUGUAGAUCAAGGUCCCUGGUUCAAUCCCUGACAUCUCCAUGUAGGGAAUGUGCCUGAUCUGAAUCCAUGGAAAGCCACUGCCAGUCAGUGCAAACAACAUUGAGUUAGAUGGAAUAAUUGUUUUAUUCAGUAUGAGGCAGCUCCCUAUGUUUCCUAUGCUGGUGGGUGUUUGUUUAUUAUUUAUUUAAUUUAUAUACCACCAUAUACCCAGAGGUCUCAGGGCAUUUCACAGAACAAAAUCAAAAUAUAAAACCACAAAAUAAAAAAUAAAAAUAAAAACAACAGCCCAAUAACUGCCCCCCCAAAAAAACAUUUUAAAAGGGCAUCAGAUGUUAAUUAAAUCAGUCAAAUGCCUGGUGUUCCAGAGGUCGGUCAGGGCUUCAACAGGGGUGCUAGUCAUAUCAGCCAGAAAUCCCCUCAGAGCCAUUUCGAAUCCCACUUGACCCAUCAGCCUCCGAGGGCUAAUAGAUCCCCUGCCUCUGUGGAGGGGAGAAGGUGCUGAUAACCUAGCGUAUUUUUCGCUCUAUAGGACGCGCUUUUUCCCCUCCAAAAAUUAAGGGGAAAUGUGUGUGCGUCCUACAGAGCGAAUUCAGGCUGCGCGGCUAAGCGCAAGGCCAGAACAGGGAGACAGAGCGCUGUGCAGCUCUCUGUCUCACUGUUCUAGCUUGGGGUUAGCUGCACAAAGCCUCUGCAGGGCAGCGGGAUGAAGGCACCCCGCUGCCCUGCGGAGGCUUCAAAGGCUGUCCCCGAAGCAGCCAGGAACACCCACACACCCGACUGGACAGAGAGUUUGGAGAUGGAGAGACUCUACAGACCACAGCAACUCCUCCUCCUCGACCCUUGAGCCUGGCCUGAUGCUGUACUGAGUACCCAGGUGGACACAGCUGGGUGAGACCGACUCCACCCUGUUCACCCACCCAGGUUUCAGUGAUACAUGCCAGAUCAGCCUCCUCAUCCAUAAUCAGAUCAUGGAUGAGGGAGAUUUUAUUCUGGGCAGACCUGGCAUUCAACAGCAGCAGUUGCAGACCCGAGGGCUGGCUGAUAUGACAACAACAAUUCCCUAGAUUGAAGGGGUGGGUGGACUGGCACACGGCAUGGUCACUAACUGCCUGUGCCAUGUGCCCCUUACCUGGCCUGCCCCUCCUCCCACGCCAUACCUCCCUCUACCCAGUGGUGAAGCUGCAUGCUCCACUACUGGGGGCGGAGAGCAGGCAGGGGCGUGGCUGGCACCCCCGGGGACGUGGCACGCCUCCCAGGGGCGUGGUACGUGGGGGCAGUGCGCAGUGCGUGUCCAGGGGGGCUGCCACGAUAGCAACCUACCGAAAUAGUGGUGCUGGGGGCGGUCUGCUCCCUCUGCACUCCUGUUCCUCCGCCAGUGCCUCUAUCCGCAACCACUUUUAUUGGGUCUCUCCCCCCCCCCGGCCCGCUCUCCCCUGCUCCUCUCCUCCCAGGCACAUCCCACAAAAUGCCCUUACAACUCAGUUAAAAGCAGUUAAAACACUUAAAAAAACCUUUAAAGGAUAUAAAAAACAAUUUAAAAGCAAUUUAAAAGAAGAAGCCCUCUCUGCUGAGCAGCGGCAGCAGCAGCCGUCCUUAUAGAACCUGUCAGGACCCACCCUGGGCCAGGUGGAUAGAGGCAGGAGCAGGACCCUAUGGCUCUCAGCAGGGUUUUAAGCAAUAGCUGGGCUGGGGAGGAGCCAGAUUAGGUUUGUGGCAUGGGAAGCCUUUAACUGGGUUGUGGGGUUUUUUUGCCCUGAAUACAGAUUAGGUGUUGUUUUUUUUGCCCUGAAUACAGUCCCCAAUCAGAAUUUGACUCUGCCCCUACUGCUCUGGCAUUUUCCUUUUAUAAGGAAUAGCAAGUGCACAAUUUGAUCCAGCUACACAAGACCAAACUGAGUGGCAAACCUCACAAUCAGAAUAAUGUACAGUGGUACCUCGGGUUGGAAGUCUGUUCUUAACCUGAAACUGUUUUUAACCUGAGGUACCACUUUAGCUAAUGGGGCCUCCCACUGCCACCAUGCCACCACCACUCUAUUUCUGUUCUCAUCCUGAAGCAAAGUUCUUAACCCGAGGUACUAUUUCUGGGUUAGCGGAGUCUGUAACCUGAAGCGUCGGUAACCUGAAGCAUCUGUAACCCGAGGUACCACUGUAUAUAGGAUUGUUCCUAACCAGGUUCAGUCACAGAGGUCAAGCGGGCAUAAAAACCCAAAGCUGGCCUGUUCAGUUUUUGUUUCUGUUUCGAUUUUUGGUCAUUUGCCCAAAAAUGUCAAGGACAAAGGCCAGGAUUUCCUGCACAACAUAUCUUUAAAAAAAUGCUGUGCACUUUCGGAGCUGGGCUCCACCUCUGGACCUCUGCCAUGGCUCCUUCACCUCUCUGAGGACCUCAGUUCAAGGAUGGGAAUUUCCUGAUUUGGUGUUUUCAUGCAUCUUAUCGUUUGUAUUUGUAUUACCGGGUGGAAUCUCCCUUUCAGUUCUUAGAUAGUUUGAGAGCAGAGUUUGCCGUGAUGUGACCUAGAGAUAAAGCUGCAGGCUGGAGAGCCAGAGAAGUAGAGCACAAUGUUUGAUUUCUGCUUGAAUCUGAGGCUGCCGCUAUGGAAGAAACAAGACCCUCUUGGGGUGUUAAUGCUGUGAGCCCCUCCACCAUAGGCUCAGGUUGCAUAUAGGUGUAAAUAAACCAUAUUUCAGAAAAGCACCACAGUCUCCGCUGGGCCUCAUUUCCAAAAGGAAACAUGGACACUGGCUAAGCUCCUGGAACUCCUGGCACCUCAUACUGCUUGGAGAUUGGGGUGGCAUGCAGCAAUAUACCAGAAAUCUGCAUCCAAUGCAGAUAUAGUCUUAGUUUUUCUUGUUUCUUCCUGUUGCAAACUUGGUAACUGGUGAUAAGGAACUGUGAACAGGAUACUCUUGUCUUGUCUGUAAGAUAUGAGCAGCACCCCCUCUGUUGGUAGAAAAGAUAAUGACAUGGUAGAUCCUUAUUCAAUAGCAGAAUGGACCUACGCUAUUUUUUCUGGCAAGGCAGUUGCUUCAGAGCUAGUGUUCUGGGAUUCAAACCUUAAGAAUUGUUGUUAUUCAUGUUUAUAGCAUGAUAACCUAAAGUCUAAAUUGUAGGGAGUUGGAAUGCAGCCUCUUGGGUCUUGUUGGGUCACCAUCCUCUUGCCCACUGGAGCAAAAAAAGAACCUCAUGUUCAGCAGGGAAUGUAAGCAAAUAAUGUAGAGGGAAUUUCAAAAUGGGUCCCUACCUGUAGUAGUCUGAAGCCAUACAGCCAUCUUCUCCCAUCUUAGGUUUCUGCCACCUCAUUUGCAUAGAGGAGGCCUGUGCUUGGCAAUGUUUCUACGUGCUGGAUAUGAGCAGCCUUUAUAUGAAUGUUGGUCUUGCACUGAGGUUGGUAGACAGCAGCCACAGAGCACUGUUGUACCAGUCAUGGUUCUCCCCAAAGAAUUUUGGAAACUGUAGCUUGUUCCCCUGUUUCUUUCACAGAGGGCUUUAACAAUUAAUCCCUCUUGCCAGGAAACCCUGGGAAUUGUAGUUCUGUGAAGGGCAUACAGUCAUAUCUUGGAUCUCAAACGCCUUGGCUCCUGGACAAAUUGACUCCCGAACAAUCGAAACCCGGAUGUGAGUGUUCUGGUUUUCGAACGAUUUUUGGAAGCCAAACGUCCAGUGUGGCUUCCAAUUGGCUGCAGGAGCAUCUCCUGGCUGCUCCUGCAGCCAAUCGGAAGCUGUACCUUAGUUUUCAAACAGUUUCGGGAGUCGAACAGAGUCCCAGAACAAGGUAUGACUGUAGAGUUCUCUUAAGAACUCUCAGCACCUGUAACAAACUAUGCUCCCAAGGAUUCUUCAGGGGAAGCUGUGACUGUUUAAAAGGGUAUAACCAGUGCUUUUUUUCUAAAAAAAUGUUUAGGGCUAGUCCCAUUUUCCUACUCAUAUUGAAAUACUGCCCCUCAAUGAGGCCAAAUGUAAAUUCACAAAAUGUUUAGGAGUAUGCGUCCCCCCAGAAAAAAAACACUGGGUUUAACAGUGCUUUAAUGAAAGAGGAUGACGUGGCCAAAAUAUCCCAAUAUGAUCUCAGCUCCUCACAAGACUUUACUGGAUGUAUAUACAUAAGUAUUUCUCAGGAGACUAUCAGAAAGGGACAACACUAAAAAAUUGAUACAUUAAGAGAGGUUGACACCAGCACCAUGAGCCCCCCCUCUAGGCCUUCCAUACUUUGCAGUUUUAAGAGCUGGUUGAGUAUAACUUGUAAAACCCUGUAAUUCAACCAUAGUGCCCUCUUUUGCCCAAGUUUCUUGAAGAAAGAUGAUAUCAUGUGUUUGUAGACAGGAACAGAAAUCACUGUAAAUCAAUGCAAGAGGAUGAUGUGGCCAAAAUAUCUGUGCCCCACUGGAUUUGAAGGCCUCCAUCCCCAAUGGGUACCUUUCAAAUAUAUGAGCAGGUUUUGUUUUUUUAUGCCUCCUUCCAGGAAUUUUUUCCCUUCCCCAAGAAGUAGGGAAGACUCCCUUCUGUGACUGACACCCAGUCACAUUCACGCUUGCUGAUUGAUUGCCAGUCCCUUCAUAUUAUGAAGCAGUAGCAGACAAUGCGGUGAUGACAUUUACCUGACUUCCCAAAAGGUGUCUCACUGCCGCUUACUGGGAAGGAGAGUGCAGCACAAUGCAGACAUACCUGCAAGAGCACCAGACUGGCUUUGCUGGUGCAUUUGCAUUGUGAUGGCAGUGACUCACCUGCUGGGAGGUCAGGUAAGCACCUCCAUACCAUUCACUACUGUUACAAAGUGAUUUCACACUUAUCCAACAUGUUCUUUGUUCUGCAAUAUUUUUGGUGUGGUUUUUUUAAAGGAUGAAUCAACUUCAGAGGAAGAAUGUGAAGGACUCUGUUGGAAGUGGUCUUCUUUCAAAUCCGUUUCAACUGCAUGAAAAUGGAGGAGGACUCUCACAAAUCCUCUUUUCUCAACAGGUGAACAACGAGGUCUUUCUCAGGUGUGCGACAUGGUGUCAGAAACCUCUUCCAGCAGCAGGGCUGGCCUGUAGCACUUUUUCAACAUCAUCCCGAUGGCAUCCCUCCAGCUCUUACCUCUGUGCUUCCUAUUAGUAACCACUCAGGGAUCUAGUGGUAAGCAUUCCUAUGCCCAUUGGUGACUGUGGGGUGCUUUGGAAUUAUCUUUUGCUCUUAUUUUUGCCUUUCAUUGCAUAGGGAUAGGAGAUAGCCCCAGCUUUCAAUACUAAAAAUAUGUAUCAGCUCUCUGUGUUCAGGUAUUCUGAGCUAUUAAGCACAUUUCUGAAAAAUGAGAGCUGUAUUUUCUGUAUUUCAGUAAUAUUACAUAAAUCUUGGUACAACUACAGCCAUGGUGCAUAAAUCCUGAUUAAGUACAGCUGUGCAAAUUCUCUUGCCAUGUGUACCUUUCUAAGGGAUGCUAGGCAGAAAAAUGAGACUGGUGUUGACCUCCAGAAGUUGGUCCCAUAAUCCCUCACCAUUGGCCAUGCUGGCCAGGACUGAUGAAAGUUGGAGUCCCACAAUAUAUUGAGGAACACAGGCUCUGCUGUCAGCAAUGGCUAACAUGGAUUGUGUUUUGCAGAUUGUAUACAAAGUGGUCCUUAUGUGCUAAUUUAUGCUCCCUACCUAUUGCUGUUGGUGAUGGAUUAUAUACUUUCCUGGCCAGUGCUCCUAACCGGAUUUAAAUGAUUAUUAUAAAUUCAACACCCUUCUAGCUUGUCUCCUGUUACUAUUUUCCCCACAGCUUUAUACUCCGACAUGCAUUUGUACAAGAGUAAGAUGUUCAGCCCAAACCCACUCAGCAUUUUAUGGUACAAGCCUACACAUGUCUACUCAGAAGUAAGCACCAAUGAGACACCUUCUUCCCCAAAUUUAUGCCUUCCAGGUGUUCUGGACUACAGCUCCCAUCAGCACCAGCCUGCAUGGCUAACGGUGAGGAAUUAUGGGAGCUGUAGUCUAACUUCUGGAGGUCAGCAUUAGUCUCAUCUUUCUGUUCAGCAUCCCUUAAAAAGGAUGGGAGUUCCAGGUGGAGGAAGGCUUGUUUACGUUAACUGGUGGCAGUUUAUGAUGCCUUAGGAUUGUACCUUUUGCCAGCCUUAGGUUACAAUCCUUAUCUCAAGGGCUAAAACAGCCUUCACUAAACUUCCCUCCAAAUGUUGUGGACUACAGCUUCCAUCAGAGAGGCCAAGAGGUGGAGAUGAGUCAGGCUGGUGAAGAGUCAUACUGUAGGUGUCUUUCCCUCCUGCUCUGACAAAUUCCCACCCCCCCAUCUCCCAAAACCAGGAGAGGCAUGAAAGGGGAGGAGCAAAGACAGGCACACAGGUGCAGUCUCUGAUUGCUUGUGGGGGGAAUCCCAGAGAUGAGGGGACUUUGGCAGCUGUGGGGAGGCAGGGGUCUUCAGUCUCAACAACUGCUUCACAGGAGUAAGACCUACUGGAGUUGAGUUGAUGUGCUUAUUAGGCCUGACACUCCUGUGCAGAUUAUAGUUUUGGUAAUAAAGAGUUAAUUCCAACUUUCACGUUGUGAUUUACUGCUGGUUUGCUUCUGACACUGAGCUACAGCCAUCCCUGACUGACAGAUGCAGCUGACCUUGGCUGUCAUAAUAGUGCCUUUUAAUCGCCUGUUUCAGUGCUUGAAUCAACUGAUGCAUUUGCUAUGUCUCCCCACCCCAUUUUCUCUCAGAAUUCCCAAAUUUCACAUGUGUCGAAGAUGUUACUGCAGCACUUGGGAAAACCAUUAACCUUACAUGUGAGAACAACAAAGCAAUGCUAAAUGCAACAGUGAAGUUCUGUCAUAAUGAGACAAGUUGUCCAAAGGAAAGUGACCUCAACUCAAUAAGCAAUAAAUAUAUUACUGACAAUGGAAGAAUUUCGUUGAUGGUGAUAAAUCAAUCUGUUAUCCUCAGUGUCCACAAAGUAAAAAUAUCUGACCAAAGACAUUAUAAGUUUUUUUUGGAAGCUGUUAAUGGAGAUGAUCACAACAAAAUUAUAUAUCUAAAGGUUGUUGGUAAGUUUAAGCCAAUGAACAACGGACAUCAAGAACUCUGGGUUUGAUGGAACAUGGGUUGGGGCUGGUGUCAAAAGCAAGGUGAUAGUAAAGUAAUGAAAAUGCAUAUUGGAGGAAGUGUGGGCAUGCUAAACAUAUAGCAAACCCAGUUCUGUUUCUGAAGAAAUAAUGACCUUUAGCUGAACGUGGUCCAUAAUAGUCUGGGAACAAUUUCUUUAUUGUUCUAUUUACAUACAUAGGUACCUGGCUGCAAAAUUUUGUUCCACCCCAGAUAAAGCUGGUGCCAACCUUUAUAAAAUUCUAGUGCCAGUUAAAGGCCUAUUUAUUACACAGAAUCAUAGAGUUGGAAGGGACCCUUGGGAACAUGUCCACACCCCUGCAAUGCAGGAAUGGGCAGCUGUCCCAUACAGGGAUCGAAGCUGCAACUUUGGUGUUAUCAAUACCGCACACUAACAAACUGAGCCAUUUCCUGAGGCUUUGUGGUGAAUUGUUGACUGUUGAGCUUAUUAUGUUAUUUUACUUUUCUUCAGUCAGUUGUUUGUUUGUUUGUUUGUUUGUUUGUUUACUUAUUUCUAUACCAUCCUUCAUCCAAGGAUCACAGGGCAGUUUAUGAUAUAAAAACACAAAAAUACAUAUCACAGUAACAAACAAAAAUAAUACCACCCCAUCACACACACACACACACACACACACACAGAGAGAGAGAGAGAGAGAGAGAGAGAGAGAGAUUAAAAGGCCAUAAUUUAUCUUGGUUGGCUGGUGGUUUUGUUUAUGUACAUGAGGUGUCUUCAGCUAAGACCUACUCAAAGUAAAUUCAACAGAAUUAAUGAGCUUAAGUUUGUAAUGUCCAUUAAUUUCAAUGUGUCUGCUCUGAAUAGGACUAUCUUAUGCUUUUAACUUACUGAUAUUGUAACCCACUUUUGGCUCCCCUUUCAUAAUGCAAAGUGGGCUAGAAAUAUUUUGAUUAAAUUGAUUAAAUAAGCUACCACCUACAUAUUUUCCAGCACCGUAUUCUGAACCUCAAAUCAAAAUUCAGAAGGACACUGUGGUGUGCACAGCAUCGGGAGGGCAUCCACAAAGGCAGCUCUAUUGGUUUGGUGACCAUGGAACCAACCUAACUCACAAUUCAAAACUUGUGUCUUUGAAGAAUGAAGAUGGCUCAUUCUCUCUCAUCAGUACUCUUCAGCGGCAUUCUCUUGAUAGUGGCACGAUAUGCUGCUCCAUCCUCAACAACAACACAAAUUGUGAUAAUCCCCAGGGUGAGUUCAACAAAAAUGUCUUGUUGCCUACAGACUAAACUGUCUAGAAAGCCAUGACAGUGACACUGGCUUGGAUCCAUUUGAAAAUCAACUUUAACUUGUACUGUAGUGGAAGAUUUUUGGGUGGGGAAUGGGUAUUUUGAGAGAAAAUUAACUGACAGGAUACUGGUUGUGAUUUUGAUUAUGUAGUGAACUGCCCUGAGAUCUAUGGAUGAAGGGUGGUAUACAAAUGUAAUAAAUGAAGAAUAAAAUAAUAAUAAUCUAGAUGGGAAUGUGUUUUGGGGGGAGGGGUGAAUUGGAAAGAAAUGAUUGGUGGGUUUAAUGUUUGGAGCCCAGAGCCCAGUCUCUGCUCUGUACUGAGGUCACUUCUAGAGAACCUGUUUAUUGAGCAUUCAUCCUGAUUUUUUUUGUGUGGGGAUGUUAAGCAGUCAAUGAUGUUGCAUCAAGCAAUCGUUAUCCCACACUUUCUGGUGUGUUUUCCUGUCAGAUUAAGUCAGAAUUGUGGGGUGGGUGGGUGAGUUUGUUAUGCAAGAGCUCCAGAUUAAGUUUAACUGAGCAACCUGAAUUUCCUGUGUCAAGAGCCCAGGCUGCCAUCUUGAUAACACAGCACACAAGUCAUAAUUAGCUAGAAGAUUUAUUGUGAUACAAACAAUUCGUCUCGGACGUCUAACCAAGCAUCUGUGCCUUACGAGUCAGUUGACCCUUCUGAGGAGUGCAUCCUGGUUCUGCAGAAUAUCCUGAACCUAUGACCCUUAUGUCUCUGGGUUUGUUUCCUGUCUAAUACCUUUCCCAUACGUCUACUCUUUGGGCUCAGGGGAUUAAUUGCCUCCUCUUCCAGUGAAGAAAUGCUACCCCUUCUGCUUUCUGAGCCUGCCUGUGCUUCUUAAGUGAGUUGACUUCUCUCCCUCCCACUCUCUGCUAACACCUUAUCUACAUUUCAUUCUUGUCAGGAGGAGGGGGAGGGGGGCUGCUCCCAGCUGCCUGACUGCUUCCUAACUCAUGCUGUAUUUCUCUACUUGGGGCAGAUGUGUUCAUGACAUCCUGGUAUGUGAUUGAAUCCUACCCAAAAUAGCAAUGGUCUACAAGUGCCCUGAGUUUGUGGCCUUAGCUUAGCUAGUCACUUAUUUUGAGCUAGUCCAGCACUGCUCCUUGGAGUAAUCAUUUCAUACCUGCCAACAUUUUUCAGAUGAAAAUAGGGACGUACUAUUCCAACAUCAUCACCAACAUUUUAUUAUUUAUACCCCACCCUUCUGACUGGGUUGCCCCAGCCACACAGGGUGGAUUGCAACAUAUAUAAACAUUAAACAACUUCCCUGUUGUUUAAUGAGAUGUCUUCUAAAGGUUGUAUAGUUACUUAUCUCCUUGGCUCGGGGGUUGGAUAACGCCAUACCCUCCAACAUUUCCCCGAUGAAAAUAGGGAUGUUGUAAGGAAAAGUGGGACAUUCUGAGAUCAAAUCAGAAACUGGGACGGCUUCUAUAAAUCCAGGACUAUCCCUGGAAAAUAGGGACACUUGGAGGGUCUGUUAUUUGCACAUCUCCAGGAAACUUCCAAGCAGGAUCCAAGGACCACGGCCUUUCCCUCUGAUCUGUCUCCUGCAUCUGGUAUUCAAGGGUGUACUGCCCCAGAACAUGGAGGUUUUAUAGGAGGGACUUCCACUGACAGAUUCAUGAUGGAGGAGUGGCACUGAGGAAAGGGAUGUGGGCAGUGUUUUUAUGAUUAUUUGUAGCUUCCUCACUUUUGUGAGGUACUGGUGGCUUGAUUGUACCUGAGGCUUGAGUAUUUGCACAUUGUCACAGUCAGUUAUGUCCAAAGAUACAAUUCACUCCAGAUGUUGCUUUUUUCUCUCUUCCUCUCCUGUACAGGUUCUGCUCUUGUUCGUGUUGGAAAUGAAACAACUACCAAAAAAGUACCACAAGAUGCAGAAAAGAAAAUAUUAAUUCCAGUUUUCAUCAUUGUUAUCCUGGCAGCCAUUUGUGCUGCUACGUUUUUUCAUUGCAGAAAGAAGAAAGGUCAGUUUUUAUAAGAAUUGGCUGCAGAUUCAUGUUUUUCUUCCCAGGAUAUCAUUUGGAAACCUUCCUAUGGGGGAGGAAACUUUUCAAUGGAGCUUAUAUACACAUGUGUUUGUGUGUUACAAGAAAGAUCUGUGUGGAGCAUAUAAUUUACUUAUUAGAAUAAUUGUUCCCCCGCAAUCUUUGGGACUCAACACUUCAGUUUUGCCUAUAAUAAGCCUACGCAGGCACCAGAUGAUGCUUGGUGUAGCAUUUAAAUUUCUUCAGCUUGAAUCCAGAAGAACUACCACACAGUCCAGCCAUGCACCCCAAGUCUGCCUCAAGAUGAAACUCUUCCAGUGUGAAGUGUGCCUGGGCUGGGGUGGUGCGAAGGGAGGCAUUCCUUGUUGAGCCUUGAGCUGGGUGGCUGUCCUACUGCAGAGUUUAGGCUGGAGAAGUUUUUGCUGCCAUGAUGAAAUCACUACAAAGGCAAAACGUGCUUGUUGUUUUGUAGAUGCAUGUGCAGGAGUUUGCGGGAGGACAGAGAAGGUCCCCCUCUCCAAGGGUUUGACUUCACCUGAAUACACAAGUCCACCUGAAUCAGUGAGAUCCAGGGUCCAAAGAUAAACAAGAACACCCGGUUAUACUGCUCUUAUGGGGUGGGUGUCUAGACUCUGGCUGGGGGAGCCAUGGGGUGGGUAGUAGAGUGCUUGGGUGCGUUGCUUUCCCCCUGACCACAACAUUUGUUUUUCUUUUGGCUUCAACUAUUUUUCUAAAAUUCAUCAGUGAAAAUUCUAUAUUUGAAGUGAAACUAAUAAAAUGCCAGAGAAACUGUGAGCAUUGUGACUUGUUACAGCCACAUAAAGCGUUUUCAUCUUCAUGGAGUUCAAGCCAAGAUUUAUGCAUAUGUGCAGCAAAAAGGCAAUACAAACCACAACAUUUCUGUGAACAGCCCACAACUUGACUUUGAGUGAAAAUGUUUAACAGCUUUUACAAUGGUUUAGAUGAAGUUUCAGCAAAGUAUAUAAAAACAGUGGGUACCAGGACAUAGAUGCCUUAUUUUCUAAAGAGUGGAAUGGAUGGGGUAAAAGUAGACAGAAAAAUACAUAAUUCUUCCUCUCCUCCCAUCUGAUUUGUCUUUUCUGGUUUCCCUUUGUUUUGUCAUUCCUCAGGUGCAAUAAGGAAUACAUGUCUCCAGCGGCUUUUCCUAUCUGAAGGUAAAUAUCUAUUAAGUCUGCUAGUUAGUACUGCAGUUAAUAAUACAGGGAGAAAGGUGUAUACAUUGCUCUGGCCUUUUCAACAUUGGCAUGUUAUAGAAAAAUAUUUUAUAUAUUAUGCUGAUAGGCGAAUGAUUUCUUAGUUCAUUGCAAUCAGUGGCAUUCUUGCUGUCAUCAUUAUUCUUUCUUUCUCCUAGAGAUGAUAUAGGAACGCCAGUGACAAACCAAACUGAAGCCAGGGAGAAGAGUCGGUGGAGGAAGAUUGGAAGAAAUUCAAAGACUAUCUGCAGAAACAUUGCAAAAUUAAAGAAUGCUAGAGUGAUGUUGGAUUGAAAAUAAGUGGCUUCCAGCUGUACAGGAUUUAAAGUUAUAUACAGAUUAAGAUUAAGGAUUAGGAUUUAAAAAGUUUAAGGAAAUGGAAACUUGGUUUUUAAGAGGUAAAAUUUUAAUGUUAUAUUAUAUUAAGAUUAAAGAUUGGGAUUAAAAAAGAGGGAAAGAAAUUGCUGGACAAACAAUUUGAACUGGAAUACAAAAGAGGGAGGUAUGAGGAGGUCCAGAAAAUAAGUAAAUUUAAAAAUGGAGAUGAAAAGGAGGUAUUGUUUUUAACUGUUUUCUUUUUUCUUUUUUCUUUUUUUCUUUUUUUUCUUUUUCCUUUUUGGAUUAUGUAUUGUGUAUUCUUAAAUUGUGUAUUUCUUUUUUAUGUUUUUAUGUUCAAUUUUUUUAUUGAUGUGCUCUUUUUAUUGGAAAUCUUAAUAAAUAUCAUUUUUUUAAAAAAAAACAACACACCAAAUUGAAGCAAAUGCAGUGACUGGGUCAAGAAACACAUGGAAAACUGUAAUACUGCGGGACUCUGCAAUUCAGAUUGCGAAGGCAAGGGACUCUGUGUGACCUUCUGCUCUGCAAGCCCAUCUUACGAAAUCUCCAAGCCAUUUUAGUGUCUUAUUAGUCAAGAAAGACUUGCCUUUCAUGUGAAAGAAGCAGUCUGCUAUUUGGAAUCCACUUCUUUCUCCAGCAUAAUACAAUGCAUCUUUCUUCAGGUUUUGAGAAGGGUUGUUUUCCUGCAGCACUCCUUUAUAUAGCAUCUGUAGAUAGUCCUCUCUGUAAUAGUUGCAGCAGACUAGGUAUAUUAAUGUGGCAGCAGCAGUACAGUCAUCUGCAUUCAAAUUUCACCUUUGUUAAAUACCUUCUGAGAAGCCUUGGACAAAUCAUGUGUCAGAGUUGUGAUCUAAAGGUGCAAAUAAUAGAAGAUAGAUAGCUAGAUAGAUAUAGAUGAUAGAUAGAUGAUAGAUAGAUAGAUGAUAGAUAGAUAUAGAUGAUAGAUAGAUGAUAGAUAGAUAGAUGAUAGAUAGAUAUAGAUAGAUGAUAGAUAGAUAGAUAGAUAGAUAGAUGAUAGAUAGAUAGAUGAUAGAUAGAUAGAUGAUGAUAGCUAGAUAGACACUGUAUAUACUUGAGUAUAAGCCGACUUUUUCAGCACAUUUUUUAUGCUGAAAAAGCCCCCCUCGGCUUAUACUCGAGUGAGGCGGGCGGCGGAGGGACAAGCGGCCCGAAAGGUGCCUCGGCUUAUAUUCGGG